CUUAAAUUCUUAUAUCUGAUCACUGAUCCAACAUACAUAGUCUUCUCUCUAUCUCUCUGUCUCAACCAGGCCAUAAACUUUCGUUUUCUUCUUUUUCUUCAAAAAUGGAUCCAAAAGCAACUGAAAUAGCUCACGAUUUUCCACCGUUUCUCCGAGCAUACACAGAUGGGCGGGUGGAGAGGUUUUUCGGCACCGACGUGGUUCCACCGUCGGUCGAUUCUGAAACUGGGGUUUCCACCAAAGACGUUGCGAUUGCACCUGAAAGAGGCGUAUCUGCGCGUAUCUUCAAGCCAAACACCAUCAAUCCAGACCAGAAGCUCCCUCUGCUGAUCUACUACCAUGGCGGAGCCCUCUGCCUGGGCUCUCCCUACUGCACCAUAUACCACAACUACGUCACUUCUCUUGUCGCUGAAGCAAACAUCAUUGCAGUGUCUGUUGAUUACAGACUGGCACCUGAACAUCCCGUCCCUGUACCUCAUGAAGAUUCAUGGGCUGCAACCCAGUGGGUGGUUUCCCAUAGUCUUGGGCAAGGCCCUGAAGCCUGGCUGAAUGAUCAUUCUGAUUUCAAGCGAGUUUUUCUUGCCGGAGACAGCGCCGGAGCCAAUAUUGCCCACAACAUGGCUGCAAGAGCUGGGGUUGAAGGAUUGGGUGAUGUGAAGCUGUCAGGAAUUUGUCUACUUCAUCCAUAUUUCGGCCGGAGAGAAGCUGAUUGUGAUAGCCGCGGUGACGGUGACAGCCUCGUCGAUAAGAAGCCAGGUGUGGAUAACAGGUGGCUUUUCGUGUGUCCAACCACGAGCGGGAUAAACGACCCAAUAAUAAACCCGGCAUCAGACCAAAAUUUACGAAAACUAGGGUGCAGUAAGGUGGUGGUUUGUGUAGCAGAGAAGGAUGGACUGAGAAAAAGGGGGUGGUUUUAUUAUGAGGUAUUGGGUAAAAGUGGUUGGGGUGGGGCGUUGGAGAUUGUGGAGACGGAAGGAGAAGAUCAUGUGUUUUAUUUGUUCAAGCCUGGUUGUGAGAAGGCUGUGGCUUUGAUGAAAAGGCUGGCCUCUUUUAUGAAUCAAGACUAGGCUCAACGGUUUGUGUUGGGUGAUGGCUACAUCUUUUGGCCAAAUGCGAUAUGGGGAAGAAGGCCCAAACUUGUAUUUGGGAUUGGCUGGUUUAAUUACCAUUUCUUAAUAUGUAUUUGGAUAAUUUUACCUACCUACUUAUUAUAUCGACGCUUUUAUGAAUAAUAUAUGUAUGCUCCUAAAAAAUUUCUAAAGGAAAAAAUGAGAAAUUUUGAGGGGUUUCACA